AUGGUGUCUUCCUGCGCUGGUUGCGAUCGUAUGGAACCAUGGGCUUCAUCAUUCACUGGUAUCGGAGCCGGACUAAUCUAUCUUGCUCUCAGCCAUUUUAUGAUCGCAAUGAAAAUUGAUGAUCCAUUGGAUGCGUUCGCUGUGCAUGCCGGUGGAGGAUUCUGGGGACUUUUCUCAGCAUGCAUUAUCGCUCACGACGGAAUCGUCUACGCCAUUUCAGAUGCUAUCGCCAACAAUCACGGAUCCCAAUCAUUGAGACAAGCAUUCGCGCAACUUGGAUGGCAGCUGAUUUGCGCUUCGGCAAUAAUAAUAUGGUCUCUGCUUUGGAUGGUUCCUAUCUUCCUAUUUUUGAAAAAGAUCGGAAAACUUCGUGUCACUGAGGAAGUAGAGAUCAAUGGACUUGACAUCUACAAACAUGGUGAAGCAGCUUAUCCAUUGCACGCUUACGGUCAUGGAUGGGACGACUUUGAACCGAUAAAGGACAAAAAGGGUCAUCCAAUUCACAACGAUCACGCCGAAAGUGAGAAACCUCAACUUGCUGCUGCUUACGAACGUCGAACCAGUGUUGCUCCAGCCAGCUUUCUAACUCUCUACAUCAAUCCGUCACAAUACGAGCACCCUGAACAUCAUUCACAGUUCUAUCAUGAUCAAUCAAAUCGGAUUUGCUCUUGA